AUGGGCUCUGAUUCAAGUAAAUCGAAAAAGAAUGCAACGACAUUAACUGAAGAAGAAAUUCAAUUAUUAUUAAAAAAUACACAUUUUAAUCGACAACAAAUUAAUGAAUGGCAUAUCGGAUUUUUGAAAGAUUGUUCAAAAGGAAAAUUAGACAAAAAGAAAUUUAUUGAAGUAUAUAAACAAUUUUAUCCAACGGGAAAAGCAGAUAAAUUUUGUAGUCAUGUGUUUAAGACCUUUGAUACAGAUAAUAGUGGAGAAAUUGAUAUUGACAAAAAUGGAAAAGUCGAUGCUAAAGAAAUGGAACAAAUUGUGACGGCUAUCUACGAUUUACUUGGGGAAGAAAAUCGUAAAGGUGAAAAUUCACCAUCAAAACGUGUGGAAAAAAUCAUGACCAAAUUAGAUCUUAAUGGUGAUCGAACACUAACAAAAGAUGAAUUUAUUAAUGGAUGUUUACAAGAUGAUUUUUUGAAAAAUUUAUUAGCACCAAAUGCUUAG